UCCUCGCUCGGUGCUGCCGCCAUGGCUUGGCCCUGCAUCAGCCGAGUGUGUUGCUUGGCGCGAUUCUGGAAUCAGAUGGACAAGUCGGAUCUGGCCGUGCCGCUCACCAUCCACAAUUACUCCGACAUCGAAGAAGGGACGGAAGCGGGCGGCGAGGGAAGCCCUCAGCAGCCCCGGAUCCCGUCCGGAGGCACCUCCAGCAGCCGACCGCAAGCCCCUCCGCGGGCAGCCUCUGCCCUGCCUGUCUCCGCGUCCGCCCCCUCGUUGAGGGACAGCCUGGUCGUUGUCAAGAGGCCGUCGAAAAAAAGCGGGGGCAAGCACCGGAAGGAGCCCUUCGCCGCAGAGACUCAGUACCAGCAGGAUUUCCGAGCGUGGCCGCUGCAGAAGAGAGACACCCUGCCCUGGCUUGGGGAGUGCCGGAAAGCUGAACCCACGCGGGCACCUCCGGCCGCAGGAGCCUCCGCCGCCCCUCCCCACACUGACAUCCUGGCAGGGUCUCGGGUGUACGUGUUGCCGGCGGCAAGGCAGGAGGUGAGCAAUAAGGACGUUGGCUCCAGACAGGUAUGGCCUUCCUCCUCGCCUCCAGGUAUCGCCAGGACGUCUUACAGGCAUGAAUAUCAUCCAUGGUCUGCAGGAAAACGAUCCAGGCCUACAAAGACAACACAAGGGUUCAUUAUUCCAGAAGAUCACUUUGUGCAAGAAUCUAGCUACAAGUCAGACUUUAAGAUUCCAGAAACAAAGACAAAGUUUUCUUCAAAUCCUUCUGCUGUUUUCCAGGCGCCAUCUCACAUUCUCAGUAUAUGAAUCUGGAUCAUGAUCAUUUUCUGUUUGACCAGCUUAAGGUUGUGAAAAUGAACAGCUAUGCAACUUUGUAAGUGCUGGUGAGAUAAAAGUGAAGGAUUAUUAAAAGCAGACAUAGUAAUUACUAGAGUUCAUGAAUAUAAUAUGAAUAUGUAAAUCAUAAAUACUUGAAUUUGAAUUGAAGAUAGUCUAACUUACUGGAAAGAAUGACCUAGAUUCACAGAAAUAUCCUCAUUACCAUUAGCUAGACUUGGUUCCCACUUGAAACACUGACUUAAGCAAGCAAAAAGGCAAUAUUUUAAGCAGUAUGUUGAUUCUUAAGUAAAAAUAUACAUUGUAUAAAGUCCAUCAUUAAUUUUCCAUCUCCAUUAAUUCAUGGUCAUUUUACUAAGGGGUCCCUAAAACAAUUUGGGUAGAUUUUGAAUUUUGUUACUUCUUUUCACUCAUCUUUAAAUGAGUCUCACCCUUUUACAGACAUUUUAAUGCCAUGUUAUUGAGAAUCAUUACAUUACAGAGAAUCCAUAAAUGUGAGUUGUAUUUUAAUUACAAUUAUUUUGUAUAAGUAAUUAAAGCAUCAUAGGAAUGAAAGUGCAGUUGGGCUGAGUAGCUUUAAUCACUUAUAUUAUGCCCUUCAGCCACCUCCCAAGUUCUUUAAACACAAACACCUAUAGCGGCCAACUCUUCUUUUUUAUUUUUUAAUUUAAUUUCAUUAUUUUGUUUUUAAAAUUUUUACACUGCCCAACUUCCGAAAACUCUGGGCAAUUCAGAGGUUAAAAACAUGAAGAACAAUGAAAUAAUACAUGAUAAAAACAAAGAACAAAAAACAGAACAAACCCACAUGAUCCAGAAUGGGAUUUCAGUAACAAAGUCCAGUCUUUACUGUGAAGUUUAAAAAGCGGGUAUGAUUAAAAAGUAUUACAAACCAUCCUUUUUCUUUUCUGAGUCAGAGAGACCCCUAAAUGAUGCUAUAAAAUGAAAACUGGAUGUUUUAAAAGUGAGGUUGCUUUAUUUACUUAUGCUCUGCCCAUUAUACAAAGCAGGUUGUUUAUAUCAAUGUAUGCCAAAUAAGAAACACAGCUAAAAUUGCAACACACAGCCAGAGGAUCACAGCCUCAUCAAUAUUCCAUGACUUACGUACUUAGAAUUAACUGAUCUUUAACAAGCACACUUUUUCCUGGAAGUUUUUUUUCAGUCUUGAUAAUGUUUUCCUGAAGGCUCAAUUUCACUAAGAAUUCAGUUAUUAAAUUCCGGAAAGAAAACUCCUCAAAGGCAGAAGAGAGGCAAUUCCCAUUUUCUUGGGGGCUAGUAGCCCUUACUAGUUUGGAUUAAGUAAUGAAUAUUGCACUAGGCCACACAUUAAAGCAAUGGCCAAGAUAAUUUAUUUAAUGUGUAUGUAAAUGUUGUAAAUAAGAACAAUUUUCCAAAAGAAAAAAGAGUGCACGUUAAUAUGAUUUUAUUUAACAGUCAUAGUUUUUGAGUAUGCAAACUAGAACAUGAUUUGCCUUGAAAAAACAAAAUUACUGCUUGUUGCUAAGAAAUUAUGUGUUAUAUAUGUCAUAGUGUAAUUUUCACAGACAAUUUUACUUUUUCAUUAUUUUGGAAGAGCAUUUUUGUACAGUAUUGUAAUUUUUGCUUAGACAUUUUAAAUACACUAGUUUUUAAUUCUCAUGCAUUCCUAAUAUUGCAUAUACACUAUAUUGCCAAAAGUAUUCACUCAUCUGCCUUUACUCACGUAUGAACUUACAGUAUUUAACCUGUGAUUAUGUCUUCCCAACUGAAUUGCUGUUAGUAUUUGUUUCCCCUUUGGAUUCAUUGUUGAGUCACUGACUGCAUUAGUGCCCAUAAUGUGGCUAGAUAUUUCCUUAGUCUGCUCCAUGCUUCAUUCAUUUUUAUUAUCUUACAGAUGCAUAUCAGUUAAAACGUGACUUCUCCAAAUUGAUGACUUUUUUCAUUAUUCUUUGUGCUAAUUAUAGUUAAUCUGGAUUUUAUCAGACUGAUUUUCAUUUAUCUGUUCUAUAUUAAUAUGAGUAUUGGGUAGAGAAUUUGUAACAACAUCCAUUAGACAUCAGUCAGCAGAGAUCUGGAGCAUGCAUGCGGCAUGUCCAUAUGGGAAUGCAGGGGGCAGGCAGAGGUUGAGGGGAGCAGGUAGUCCUGCAAGUAGCUCAGUUCUAUGGUAUCUAAAGCUUUAAAGGCAAUAACCAGGAAACUUGAAUUGCACCUGAACAUCUAUUGGGAGCCAAUAUAAGUUCAUAUGCGAGUAAAGGCAGGUGAGCGAAUACUUUUGGCAAUAUAGUGUAUUUAAGACAGGGUUUGACAUAAUAAUCACCCCACCUUAAUGCAUUGUUUCAUUUACUUUUGCAGAAAUUACAAUCAUAGUUUGUAGCUGAUUCCAGGAUAUUUUUGUAAGUUUUUGAUGGGCACAUGAAAUUUCUGAUUCAGGUUGGGCUUCUCAUCUAGCCCAGUGAUGUCCCAUUUCUGGGUAUAUAGAACACAAGAGCCUUCCAAAUUUUAUACUGAAAAAUUCAUAUUUAGCAUUCCCUAGUUUAAAAUGUGGCAAAUAACAUGCAGCCAAUUUUUUCAUAUAUAAACAGAAGUACAAAUACUAUAUAAUUUGGAGAAAAUUGGUUGCAGCAAGUUGCUUUUUUCAUAAAAAUUUUCUUAAUUGUAAUCAUUCAGCUAAGAUCUAAAAAGUUACACUAUUUACAUUAUAAGAAAGGUCUUAAGGGUAUGUACCUGUUGUGGUUUUUCAUUCUUUAAAUAAGAGGCUAUCUUGCCUUCCACUAGUGCCAUAUCAUAAACUGCUUUUGACAAUAUUUUAUGUAGCAAUCGUUUUUCCUUACAGUAAAGGGCCUGCUGCUUGAGAAUUGUAGUUUCAAAAUCUCCUUGAGCAUGUCCCCUCUGCCCCUUUUGGAAUAAUCACAAUAAUAAGAUACUUGUCUAGAAGGUAAAUGACAACAUUGUUCCUACAAUAGUCAUGAGGCCAGUUUUCCAGAUGAAUCCAACACACUGAACAGAUUAGGAGGAAUGGGAAGGUGUAGAAACAUGUUCCAAAUUGCAAUCCUUGCAUGCUUAAUGUUUCUAGGUGAAAUUCUUAUUAAUUUUGCUUGACUAAUCUAAUUUCGUUGAACAUUAAUUGGUUUAAUUAUUUGUAAGCCUGACUUUUACUAAAUGGAGAAAAGAAAAUCACACUGCCUACUUGGUUACAGUUAUUUUAUUUCUUAAAGAAAAAAUA